UAUCUCUUCUUCCACUGCGUGGUGCGUGCUAAUCUUCUUCCCCGGCUGUUUGCUCCACGCGCGGCCACGCGACGCGACCCGCCUGAGCUCCUCCUCGCGCGGCCCACGCCACCGUCGCCCUGCGCCGCCAUCACCGCGCCUCCGACCCGGCGCCUCCGUCGUCCCGCUCCGCCGGCCUUGCCCGCGACGACGCGCGACGGGGUAAACCGGACAACGGACACGCGAGGGCCCACGAGGACAUCAAGAAGCGGGGCAAAGCUAUAGCACAUCUAUCCCGCUUCCCUCUCGGCCUCUCCCCACUCCACUCGCCAUGGCAAAAGCCCUUGUGGGCCUCCGCGUCUCUGCCCCCGCCGUCCCGCAGCCUAGGAGCCACCGCAGCCGGCUUCUCCCCACUGCACGCCUCGCCGCAUUCCGGCGCGGCCGUCAGUGCACCGCCCGCGCGGCCGUCGCAGGUCCACCGGAGGUGGACGAGGACGACUCCAUGAGCAUCGACAACUUGCAUCGCUUCUUCGACCUCAACGUCGGGAAGUGGGAUGGCUCGUUCUACCAAUUCGACGCGCACGGGAGGGUUCUUCAGGAGAUUAGCACGCGGCUGUCCGUGAGCACAUACGGGGAGGACAACCUCAUCAGCCUCCUGCAAUCGUUGUACAUUAAGCAAGCAUCCUCUGCAAUAUCAAUUGUGGACGAGGAGGAUUCUGAACCUGAAUGGAUGGAGUACAAAAUCAAAGAGACGAACAUGUUCACUGUGGACAAAUAUCAGCAGAUAGGGUUCUUUCCUGAAAAAAAGGCAUUUGCUCUGAGGUACCAGACUGCUGGAAUGCUGGAGACUGUCCUUCGGGUUGGUGUGCUUGGAGAAGAUGAUACUGGUGAAGAAUCCCCCAAAAACUUGAAGAUACCUUCUCGUAAGCCCUCUAUUGUAUGUGAAAAUUGUCUUUACUCCCUUGAAGGCAAUGGUCGAAUGAGGGCUUUCCACAUAAUGGAUCCAAAGGGAAUGCUUGACACACUUCUUGUUUUUCAUGAGAAGAGGCAGGGAUCUGAAGUGCCACAGUCUAUUAAACACCAUUCAGUUGGUACCACUAGUGCCAGCAGUGAUAGGAUAAAUACACUACUUGGAAAAUGGGAGGGGCAUUCUGUUACUAAGAGGAGUGGGGUGUAUGGAGCAACACUUGCUGAAGCCGAUACAGCUGUUGUUCUCAAAAUGGGCAGUAAUGGCCAAUUGAUUCAGGAUACUUUAUCAACUAAAGUCGGAACUGGCACAACAACAACUGUCAACUGGACAGGAUCAGCAAAUGAAAACUUGCUUCAGUUUGAUGGAGGAUAUGAAAUAACAUUGCUACCUGGUGGGAUGUACAUGGGAUAUCCAUCAGACAUUAGCAAAUCUGUUUCCCAGUUAGAUUCUUUUCAUUUAGAGUUUUGUUGGAUGGAAUCACCUGGAAAGAGGCAGCGGCUUGUCCGAACAUACGAUUCAGCUGGUUUGGCUGUUUCAUCGACCUAUUUUUCUGAAACCAAAGUAUGAGUCGCAGCUUCUACAAAAUGUAUUGCAACAAUUUUGUAAGUCAUCCAGUAAUCUCGCUAUCUGUGUUGUUCAGUGAAUUAUACUUGAGUAUAUGUUGUCUGCAGGUCUUUCUAUCCAAAAGCCAGAAAUUUAUGAACCAAA